UCUAACGUUGCAACUAUGUGGCGGACGCUUAUUUUCCUCGCCUUUGCCACAGCGUGCGGCGCGCUCCCGGCACAAGACACGGGACAUUCCGAAAACGACCUCGAAGGGACUAACGACUGCUUACGAAAAGAUUCCACGUCAUGCCUGAAAUACAAGUUCUUCUCAUUCGUAGACAAAAUGAUCGGACAAAAGGAGUCGUUUGCAUUAACCGACGGAGUAACUGUUGUGAGAGCUUCCGACGUGCCCACUGAAACUGGAGCCCCGCGUGCUAUGGACCCUUUGUCUAGAUUGCAAAGAUACUUCGACACUCAUACUUUGCGUAUUGAAGUAAAAGGAUCGGAAGUUGUUGAUGCAGUGUCCAGUGCAGGUAGAGCUUUAGAAAAUACAGUGUCCAACUUUAUUGAAGACAAUGAAGUCGGUGAAGGAAGAGGGAAGAAGAAAAAAGUGCAAAAGAUCUUGGGUCCCCUGAUUGCUGCCUUAAUGAUGAAAUUAAUGGCGUUAGCACCAUUGGCGAUUGGUGCUACAGCAUUGAUAGCAGGAAAAGCGUUACUGAUAGGAAAAAUAGCUCUAGUAUUGUCGGCUAUCAUUGGAUUGAAGAAGUUACUGUCUCAGCAGAAGCAUGUGACUUAUGAAGUAGUGGCCCAUCCUCAACACUCGUCAAGUCAUUCAUCAGGUCAUGAUUAUGGAUCGAGUGGAUAUGGAGGUGAUUCCGGUGGCGGUUACGGAGGCGGAAGCGGCGGCGGCGGUGGCGGUGGCGGACACGGAGGUGGUGGAUGGGGACGUUCCAUAGACGCUCAGAGCCUAGCCUACUCGGCGCACAAACCUUAGUAACAGGUUACUCGAGACGACCUAGAAUUACGACCUCUAUAGGUGUCGAUUUCUCCCCACGAUGUUCAAUUGUUUAUUAUUUAUUACUUGAGUGCUUGUGUGACGAACGAGUGUAUUUAUUGAAUUGUUGAUUCUUAUUAAGUUAAGUUCUUUGUAUUGCCAUUGCUCGCUCAAUUUUCUUAUAGUCACUAUAUAUUUUUUCCCAAUUGUAGACCUUAUAGGUUUUUUCUUUGUAACUAUUUUUAUAGUUUAUGUAGUAUGUUAUAUGACUACUGUACGGACCUAAGAUUUAUAUGUACAUAAUAUUUAUGUAUAAUUUUA